UGACAGCGCAUACAUGCAUGACAAGGACACAAAGCAAGAAAUCAAAGUUCAAAUGAGGGAAAAGAAGGCAAGAAUGGAAACAGAGGAUGAACGCAGACAGCGACUGUCCGUACACAUGGAUGAGAUCGUGAGAGGGAACGUAACUGCGGCCAUGGAAAUAUUUGAACACUUGAGAAAGCAGGAGCAGCUGCAAGGCAUUCUGAGUCGCGUGCAAGAAAUUGAAAGUGACACGAGUGAGGUUGAUGUUACGUCUCUCAGGAGGGUGUUUGAAAGCGUCCCUGACUGGGUUGUCAAAGGAGACAAAAAGAGAGAAAAGAAGGUCCAAGAAGAAAGUAAAAACAAACAGAUGCAGUCACCGGCAGACAUGACAAAAAGCAAAUCCUCAAUGGAGUAUGUUUAUGGAGAUCUUGAGCGUGCAAGUGAGGAAAUAAUGAAUCUAAAAGAGCAGACUUUAGCCAGACUUAAGGAUAUUGAGGACACCAUUAAGAAGGCACUUUUUUCUGUGUCCACGCUAAAAUCUGACGCAGAUAUCGCAGGUUUAUCAAAUAUGUUCAAAGAAUCCAUGGGGGUUGCGCAAGGAUCUUCAUAUUCUGACAAUCUUAGCAAAAUUGAUUCAAGCCGAACCAAACCACAAGAAAGUCCUCUUCCACAAAGAGGCACCUCUACAUGGGCUUCACCAUCUCCCAGCUCAGAUGCAUCUGCUACAAAUCAACGGCAAAGUCCUCCCUCCUCACCUGCAUCCAUCUCCAUCCAGUCAGAGGCUAGAAAAAUGGAUAAGACAGAGGCUGUGCCACAGGGAACUUCAAUCUGUAGGAAGUGUCAACUGAACCCGAGGCCAGAAGGAAAAUUUCAAACUACGAAGACAGUGACAUGCAAUAGCCCCAAUCAAGGUAAAAAAGUAGACCCCACGCAAGAAGGGAAGAAGCAAACUUCUGACAGCCACCAACAUCGAGAGCUCAGCGUGCUCCAGGUGCAAACUGACAGCGAGGGAAACAGUAUUAGAGGGACAGCGGUUAGAAAUUAUGAGAGGACUAAUAACUCUGGUAACCAGUAACACACAAAAACCUCCGCUCUUGUUGCUGCUCAGCCAGAAACAAAAGCAACCAUAAGUCAGGCUGUAAUCAACCCUGUAACAAAUCAGCUAUCAGCACAUCCAGAGGUUCAGCAGCCAAUAAAUCAGGUCAAUGAUUUGGAUAUCUGAACAGA